CUUUGAAACAUCACAUGGUGGCCUCCCUUAUUAAUACCACACCACACCAUUCUGACCAUUCCUUGUUUUACUUUUAGAGAAACAAAGUUCUACGGCCAUCAAGAAGAAGAGACCGAGAAGGAGAAAACUCUCACGCGUCUUGGACUCAUUUCUACCUGCCUCGCAAGCAAAUCCGAUUGAUUGUCGGCCAAAACAACGAUGUCACGCAGCGGCGAGUUAUCCUCCACCGUGAACAGUGGUGGUAGCGAUGGAGAGAUUAUGCUGUUUGGUGUGAGAGUGAAGGUGGAUCCUAUGAGGAAGAGUGUGAGUAUGAAUAAUCUGUCGCAGUACGAGCAACCUAAUAAUCAAAAUAAUGAAUCUUCCAACGCUGAUGUUGCUGCUGCUGGUUACGCCUCCGCCGAUGACGCCGUCAACCACCAGUCCUCCGGAGGUCGCGAGCGUAAGCGAGGAGUUCCAUGGACAGAGGAUGAACAUAAGCUGUUCCUCUUAGGAUUACAGAAAGUAGGAAAAGGAGACUGGAGAGGAAUUUCAAGGAAUUUCGUGAAGACUCGUACGCCAACACAAGUUGCUAGUCAUGCUCAGAAAUACUUCCUCCGGCGAAACAACCUCAAUCGUCGCCGCCGCCGAUCUAGCCUCUUUGACAUCACAACAGAUUCGGUCACAGCAAUUCCAAUGGAAGAAGAGCAUGUUCCUCAAGAUACACCACAACCAGUUCUGCCGUCACAACCACUGCUUUCGCUGGAAGCUUCUAAUAUCAGUGGAUUCCCCUUCAAGCCUUUUCCGAUGACUGUUGGUCCUGUUCUUCCAAUGGAGAACCUAAAAUUGGGGCCCCAUGAUCAAGUGAAUAAUACUUCUGCGGCUCUAGUCUGUCCUAUCCCUGUUCUUCCAAUGCAUAAUUCAUCAAAGAUGACAGAUCUAAACUUAAAUCAGAAAUCAACAAUUGAACCAUCAUCUCUGUCUCUGAAGCUGUCCCUAUCGUCCGAUCAGAAUUAUCAACCAUCAUCAAGGAAUUCAGCAUUUCAGGUGAUGGCAAGCUUCAAUAAUGGAGAGAACAUCAUCAGUGUGGCAUAAAAAUGGAUUAAGAAAAAGAUAAGGUAAUUAUUUUGACUGGAAGCAAUCCUUUGUAUUGUACAGACCAGGACCAUGUGAUGUCUUUGAUAUAUUUGUUUUAUGCUAUGAUUUUAGAUUCGUGUUUGGUUGUCUGGUUUUGUGUUUGUAGUUGGGAGGAAAGAUGAAUAGGACUAGUAUCCUUUUGUUCUUUUGCCGAUAUGGGUGGGAUUGGUCUAGUGGUCUCUAAUCUCUACAGCUUUAUAUAGGAAAAUAUCAAGGGGUGUAACUGGUGGAGUGUCAUUGCAUUCCUGAUAUGAAAAUCCAAGUACUGUUGUUGAUUUGAUGAUUCUGUGAUGGAGGUGUAUUUCUCAUGAAUGUCAGUGGAAUUGGGUCCUUCAUUAAUGGUCAUGGUAAGUAAGUAGUGGUAGGACCUUAAUGUCUCUGGUGUGGAAUAUCUGCUAUGCUGGAGUUUUAAAAGUAAUAAUAAUGGAUAUGAUGUUCUAUGAGGUUAGGGAUUGG